AUGUGGACAACUACCUCCGGCUUUACGGGCAGAAAGCUUCGUCUUGCCAUCACUAUCACCGCCGUUACUGGUUUCUCCCUUUUCGGUUACGAUCAGGGUCUCAUGUCCGGUCUGAUCAACGGUAAUGAGUUCACGAAAGAGUUCACUACUCUCGAGAUCCCUAAGGGUGCGAGCGAAUCAUACCAGAACCAGAUCAACGUCUACCGUGGUGCCGUUACUGCUUGUUAUGAGAUUGGAUGUUUAUUCGGUGCUAUUUUUACUCUCUUCUUCGGUGGGAAGACCGGCCGUACUCCCUUGGUAUUUGCUGGUGGUAUCUUCAUGACCGUCGGUGCUUUGAUUUCAACCGUUUCUUACAAUCACGCCUGGGGUCUCGGCCAGUUCGUUGUCGGUCGUGUUGUUUCGGGUGUGGGUAAUGGCAUGGUCACGGCCAACGUCCCUGUCUGGCAAUCCGAGUGCUCCAAAGCCCACAACCGUGGUUUCCUCGUCUGCUUCGAGGGUGCUAUUAUCGCCGUCGGUACUUUCAUCGCCUACUGGGUUGAUUUCGGUAUGUCCUUCGUGAACAGCUCCGCCCAGUGGCGGUUCCCUGUCGCCUUGCAGAUCGUUUUCGCCAUCGUUGUGAGCAUAGGCGCUCUGAUGGUGCCUGAUUCCCCUCGCUGGUUCCUCAUGAGAGGGCGCGAGCAAGAUGCCAUCGAUGUUCUGGCCAAGCUCAACGGUGCUACCACCGACGAUGACCAGGUUUUGGCCGAGUUCAACCUCAUGAAGGCGGACCUGAAGUCCUCUGCCCACUCCAAGGGCAGCUGGAAGACGCUUUUCACCUUUGGCAAGACUCAAGAAUUCCAGCGCAUGAUUCUCGGUUGCUCCGGUCAGUUCUUCCAGCAGUUAACUGGCUGUAACGCUGCCAUCUACUACUCUACGGUGCUUUUCGAGGAUAACCUCGGGCUCGAUCACCAGCUAUCCAUGAUUAUGGGAGGAAUCUUCGCUACCGUCUACGCCCUCGCCACGAUCCCCUCGUUCUUUAUGAUUGAGAAGGUUGGCCGCCGUAAGCUGUACCUGAUUGGUUUUAUGGGCCAGGGUCUCAGUUUUAUCAUUACCAUGGCCUGCUUGAUCAAACCUACGGAUAUGAACGCUAAUGGUGCUGCCGUCGGUAUCUACGUCUAUAUUGUAUUCUUUGCCUUUACCAUCCUACCUCUCCCCUGGAUCUACCCGCCGGAGAUCAACCCCCUCCGUACCCGUACCAUGGCUAACGCCGCCGCGACCUGCGUUAACUGGGUCACUAAUUUCGCCGUCGUCAUGUUUACGCCUGUUUUCUCUAGUAGGAGUGCGUGGGGUCUCUAUCUCUUCUUUGCCCUAUUUAACUUCAUCGCUUUUGUCUUCGGAUGGUUCUUCUACGUUGAGACUGCCGGUCGUGAUCUUGAGGAGAUCGACAUCAUCUUUGCAAAGGCGCACGUCGAGAAGAAGUGGCCUUUUGUCGUCGCCAACGAGCUGCCCAAGCUCAACGUUGAGCAGAUCGCUCAGAUGACCGCCGAGCUCGGCUUGGACAAUCCUUUGGCAACCAGCUCCGGCCCUCAUGAGAAGGCCGAGAUGGCGUCUAGCAGUGAUGAAGGCCAGAGCAGAUAUGCGGCCCAGGAGAAGCAAGCUGCUACUUAA